AUGGCGUUCAAAGUUAUAGCCUUAAUUACUCUCGUCAUCUCUACUAAUGGAAAAUUGAAUGAAGAAAACGAACAUAGUGUAGUGGGCAGUAAUAAUCUGUUUCCGUAUAUGGCAGCGAUAUUGAAGAAAACGACUUAUAUCAGCGCAGGCGCUCUCAUACACGAAAGUUGGAUUGUGACCGGGGCGGAUUCCUUGUAUAUGCUUCGGGAUAUAUCUCGGAUUCUUCGCGUUCGACUUGGUAGUGUCAACUGUAAAAAGGGGGGUUUCCUCUCCCCCGUAAAAUUAUUUUCCAUUCAUCCCCUUUUUGACGACAACAAGCCACAGUUUGAUAUAGCUCUGAUAAAACUCCCGCAGCCAGUAAGAUUGACACCAAGCUUGAAUCCUAUUAAGCUUCUGACAAAGAGACGGGAAGUAGUUGCAACGCAUUUUAUUGUUACUUCGUGGGCAUCUUCACAGUGGAAGAAUCUUCAAAGUCUGAAUCCAUUCGAAAUUAACCGCCGUCGCCUACUGACGAUGUCACACGUACAUCCGACUAGCACUGAGGAAUGCUCUGAUCAGUUAGAAGCACAAAGCAUUAAUAAUACUGGUGGAGUAUUGUGCCUAGAACCGCCUUUAAAUGGGGACCCUUGUGAGAGAGAUAUAGGAGCACCGGUGGUCUUGAACGGAGUCUUAUGGGGAAUCAUCUCAUCUUGGAGGUCGGAGGAUUGUGAAGUUGAAUCUGGAACUAUCUUCGUGACUCUGGUAUCUCAUGUGGACGUCAGCUCGUGGAUACACGCAACGAUACACGGACACAAAGUGACAAAGAAACAUACCAUCGAUUAUGAUGAUAAUUUUAUUUAA